GAAUUUGAAAACUUGAUCUCCUCUAUAUAUAUGGCUAGGUGUUAUAUUAGUUUUACACCAAAAACACAUACACAUACACAUACACACACACAGAGAUGGGAGCGAUGUUGAGGGUGGGAAUGUUGUUUAUGGUGGUAAUGAUAGUGGGUGUUUCAAUGGCAAAUGGUGAGAUGAGUCCGAGCCAGUGUAAGCAGGAGAGGCGGCUCCUCGAAAACGCAUGCAAACCAGUUAUUUUUGGGCAGGAUCCCUCCCCUAAUUGCUGCCAGCGAGUUAGGGACACCCAUGUUGAGUGUGUGUGCCCCCAAGUUACCCCUAAGCUGGCCGCCCUCCUCGGAUCAGUCCAACGUAUUGUUAACAAAAUUGAAGGUUGUGGAAGGCAUGUUCCUCACAACUUCAAGUGUGGCAGUAUCACCACUCCGUGAGAAAGGGGAUCGAGUACGUACCGACUAUAUAUAUAUAUAAUAAACUCUCAUUGAAUGAGAAUAUAUAGUGUUAAGUGUUCAUGUUUAUGAGUUAUCUACCAAUGUAUGAGUGAGUUUGAGAAAGAGGUUGAGAGUGUACGUUAUGUAAUUUCUCAAUAACACUAUCUAUAAGAAAUAAGAAUGUCUCUGUUGUUAUGUAUGAAAAA